GGACGGGGGAGGAGGGGGGACGGGGGAGGAGGGGGGACGGGGGAGGAGGGGGAACGGAGGGGAGGAGUGGGGACAGGGAGGAGUGGGGACAGGGAGGAGUGGGGAGAGGGGAGGAGGGGGACCGGGGAGGAGGGGGACCGGGGAGGAGGGGGACCGGGGAGGAGGGGGACCGGGGAGGAG